AUGGAUGAAGAAAAACCGACGAUUUUUGUCCGUACCAACACGGCCUCAAGACCCACUGUCAUGGUGGUCCUCAACAUCCUUCUCUCUUUUCUCUCCUCUAAUGCCACCUCCACCUCCAACAACGCCUAUCAUAACGCCACCGUCGGCCAGAGUCCCAAUACCGUUUACGGCCUAUACUAUUGCAGAGGCGACGUCGCCCGCGAUGUCUGCCGUGAUUGUGUCAACUCCGCCGUUAAUGAUAUCGUCAAGAGUUGCCCCAACGGGGAAGUUGGAGUCAUUUGGUACGACGAGUGUACGUUGCGCUACUCCAACGAGUCCAUCUUCUCCAUUGUCUCCGAUUCCUCUGCCCUGAUCAUGUUGAAUCCAAAUAACAUCUCUGACCCAACUCGGUUUAAUCAGCUCUUGGAUAAUACCAUGAACGAGGUUGCAACUGAAGCUGCUUCCUAUUCUGAUAGAUUUGCCACUCAAGAAGCUAUUGUUACAGAAUUUCAAAACCUGUAUUGUUUGGCGCAGUGUAGCCCUUAUUUAUCUAGAAAUGGCUGUUACAGAUGCCUUUUGGGUGCUAUUGGUAAUCUCCCCAUUUGUUGUAACGGCUCGCAAGGAGGAAGGGUUUUCAGUCCGAGCUGUGUUGUUAGGUUUGAGAUGUACCUUUUCCAUCGAGUUACAACGUCAGUACCAGCUACUUCGUCUACUCUUCUUGUUUCUGGUAGGAACACAAUUAUAAGUGCAGAGUCAUUGCAAUUUGAUUUCAGUGUGGUCCUUGAAGCCACAUACAACCUUGCGGACGUCAAUAAAAUUGGUGAGGGUGGAUUUGGUAGCGUUUACAAGGGUAUGCUUCCUAACGGACAAGAAAUUGCUGUCAAAAGGCUCUCAAGAAACUCAAGCCAAGGUGUAGAAGAAUUCAAGAAUGAAGUUGUGUUAGUAGCAAAACUUCAACAUUGCAAUUUUGUUAGGCUAUUGGGAUUUUGUUUGGAGGGAGAAGAAAAAAUCCUUAUCUAUGAGUUUGUAUCCAACAAAAGCCUCGAUUACUUUCUAUUUGAUGAUGAGAAGCAUGUGCAAUUAGAUUGGCAAAGACGUUAUAAGAUCAUACAAGGGAUUGCUCGAGGAUUUCUUUAUCUUCAUGAAGAUUCUUGCCUUCGAAUUAUUCAUAGGGAUCUUAAAGCAAGCAAUAUCUUGUUAGAUGAGGAAAUGAAUCCCAAGAUCUCAGACUUUGGGAUAGCAAGGAUUUUUGGCAUGGACCAAACUCAAGAAAAAACAAACAGAAUAGUUGGGACUUAUGGUUACAUGUCUCGAGAGUAUGCAUUGCAUGGGUUUUUCUCAGUCAAAUCAGAUGUAUUCAGUUUUAGUGUUUUAAUUUUGGAGAUUGUAAGCGGAAAGAAGAAUAGUAUUUUCCAUCAAACAGACUCUGUUGAUCUGGGCCUUAAAAGCAAUGCAUGGAGACAUUGGAAUGCAGGAACUACCCUUGAGUUGAUUGAUCCAAUCCUGCUAGAAAAUUGUUCAAUAAGUGCGGUGAUGAGAUGCAUUCAUAUUGGGUUAUUGUGUGUGCAGAAAGUGGAUGAAAGACCCACCAUGGCUAACAUGGUCCUCAUGUUGAAUGGCUACCCAGCUACCCUUCCAUUACCCACACAACCAGCAUCUUUUGUGCGAAGUAGCACGGGAUCAAGAAUGCUUCUAGAAGGGAAAGUAUCGCAAGAGACUGGAUCAAGUCAAUGUAAAAGCAUGUCAAUCACUGAGGUACAGCCCCGAUAA